CACACAACCAACACAUCACUCAUCGGAACAAAGCAAUCCUACGGAGGAAGGAGCGAGUUAUAGGCCCACCAGAGACACAACUUGAUUGAGCAACAACAUGAAGACUUCGAUGUGGCGAGUAUGCCUCGCGGGAGCGCUGGCGUUCGCCGGCGUGGCCGUCCGCGCGGAGGAGCCCGAGCCGAUGGGUACGGUAAUCGGUAUCGACCUGGGGACGACCUACUCCUGCGUGGGAGUGUUCAAGGGGGGCCGCGUGGAGAUCAUCGCGAACGACCAGGGCAACCGGAUCACCCCGUCCUACGUGUCGUGGGACUCGAACGGGGAGCGCCUCAUCGGUGACGCCGCCAAGAACCAGGCCACGAUCAACCCGGAGACGACCGUCUUCGACGUGAAGCGUCUCAUCGGCCGCGGAUUCAGCGACAAGUCGGUCCAGUCCGACAUGAAGCUCUUCCCCUUCAAGAUCGUCAACAAGGACAGCAAGCCCCAAGUGCAGGUUGACGUGAAGGGAUCGAAGAAGACCUUCGCCCCCGAGGAGAUCUCCGCCAUGGUGCUGGUGAAGAUGAAGGAGAUCGCGGAGGCGUUCCUCGGCAAGGACGUUGCCAACGCCGUCGUGACCGUGCCGGCCUACUUCAACGACGCCCAGCGCCAGGCCACCAAGGACGCCGGUACCAUCUCGGGCAUGUCGGUGAAGCGCAUCAUCAACGAGCCCACCGCCGCCGCCAUCGCCUACGGCCUCGACAAGAAGGGAGAGCAGAACAUCCUCGUCUUCGACUUGGGAGGUGGUACCUUCGAUGUUACCCUCCUCACCAUCGACAACGGUGUCUUCGAGGUGCUGGCAACGAACGGUGACACCCACUUGGGCGGAGAGGACUUUGACCAGCGCGUGAUGCAGUACUUCCUCAAGAUGCUCAAGAAGAAGAACGGCGCCGACAUCUCGAACGACAACCGCGCGCUCCAGAAGCUUCGCCGCGAGGUGGAGCGCGUGAAGCGCGUGCUGUCCACCCAGCACCAGGCCCGCGUGGAGAUCGAGUCUCUCGUGGAUGGCGAGGACUUCUCGGAGACGCUGACCCGCGCCCGUUUCGAGGAGCUCAACAUCGACCUCUUCAAGAAGACCCUGGGGCCCGUGCAGAAGGUGAUGAAGGACGCGGACCUCAAGCUGUCGGAGGUGGACGAGAUCGUGCUGGUUGGCGGGUCUACCCGCAUCCCCAAGGUGCAGGAACUCCUCAAGAACUUCUACGAGGGCAAGGAGCCGUCCCGCGGCAUCAACCCCGACGAGGCCGUGGCGUACGGUGCGGCCGUGCAGGGCGGCAUCCUCUCGGGCGAGGCGUCGGACGCGACCAAGGACCUUCUGCUGCUCGAUGUGACCCCGCUCUCCCAGGGUAUCGAGACCGUCGGCGGCGUCAUGACCAAGAUCAUCAGCCGCAACACGGUCAUCCCAACCAAGAAGGCCCAGACGUUCUCCACCUACCAGGACAACCAGCCCGCCGUUCUGAUCCAGGUGUUCGAGGGGGAGCGGUCCAUGACCAAGGACAACCACGUGCUGGGCAAGUUCGAGCUGACGGGCCUCCCGCCCGCGCCGCGAGGGGUGCCGCAGAUCGAGGUCACGUUCGAGAUCGACGCCAACGGUAUCCUCCAGGUGUCGGCCACGGACAAGGGUACCGGCAAGGCCGAGAAGAUCACCAUCACCGCAGACAAGGGGCGUCUGUCGGAGGAGGAGAUCGAGCGCAUGGUCCGAGAAGCGGAGGAGUACGCGGAGGAGGACAAGGCGGUGAAGGACCGCAUCGACGCGAGAAACUCUCUUGAGUCGUACCUGUACAACAUGAAGAACCUCCUGGACGAUGAGGAGAAGGGGGUGUCGGACAAGAUCAGCGAGGCCGACAAGGAGGAGCUCGAGUCCACCAUCAACGAGGCGUUGGAUUGGCUGGACGAGACCCCCGACGCGGAGCUGGAGGACUUGGAGGACAAGAAGAAGGAGGUGGAGCAGAUCGCGAACCCCAUCAUGAAGGACUUGUACCAGCAGGCACCGCAGGGUGGCCCGGAGGAGGACUUCGACUUCGGAGACGACGAGUUGUAAAAUCUAACCUGAUAGAUAUGCUUGUGACGGGGACGACAAAACAUUUUUUAACAUUUCACCACGGGGAUAAAAAACAACAUUGCACAACACCAGGGGCGGGAGAGAGAGGAAGGGGGCGUCGUGUGGUGUCGUGGGGGGGUGUAUAGUAUGUUGUGUUGUGUGCGUGUAGAGGGUGGGGUGUCUUAUUUUCUUUCUCUCGUUUGGUUUUUGAUUAUUGUGGGACGGGGGGCGGCGGGCGACCUGCCCGUAACCUUCUUUGCCCUCGUAGUAAUGACAGAUUGUUUUUGUUUUUUUUAUGUGUCGUGUGCGUGAUUUGUGCGUGGAGUUUUUUGCCCGGAGGUCUGGUGCCUGGUGAAGGGAGUGUGAUGCCUCUUUUUUGUUGAGCGAUGAGACCGUCUUGGAUUGAACUGGAAGCCUCCUCGGAUCCAUUCCGGUAGUGCGCUGAAGUAGUUCGGCACCGUAGUUUGUUGCGAUGUCGGUUGAUUCCAGUUUGGCAAGCCUGGCUUAUUUAGUUGGGGCUCAGGACUGGAAAUCAGAGCGAAACGAUCGGAGGAUCACAAAAAAUACCAAGACAUUUACACGUG